CCCCGCGGCCUGGAGCUGGAGACACAUAUACAUCCAGGUCUCUGCAGUCCGCUUCAGCUUCAUGUCUGCUCCUCAUGUGGCGGUCUCCAGGUCUCCAGGCCACACAUCUAGUUUAAGCAGCAGGUGAGUUCUCCUCCAGGUGUGACUCAAACUCAGACACCCAUGAGUGGCACCGCUGGAGCUGCACCCCCGACAGCCGUGCUGGGCCUGGGUUUGGAUCUGGGCGGACCGUGGCACCAGAGAGCCGUCCAGAGGAGCAGAGCUCUGGUUCAGACGUACCUGCUCACCUCCUCUGUUCACCCUCCACCCGCAGCAGGAGGAGGUGGAGGAGGAGGAGGAGGAGGAGGUCGGGGGGCCGGGUCCCCGCUGAGGCUGCCCUCACUGGUGGCUACGACCAGAGGGCCCCGCAGGAGAGGCAGCAUGGCUCGACUCAGCCUCAGCGAACCAUCCCUCCUCACACCGAACGACCACGUCCUCUUCAAGGGAUUCUCCGGCAGCCGUCGCCCCAGUGUUUUACAGAAGCGACCACCACCUCCUCCUCCAUUUUCCAACUCCUCAGUCCUCCUCCCCUGCCACCCAUCCAGGACCAACCAACCCCAUCAGCAGGCCCAAAGCUGCAGCAGACCGGCCUUCAUCCACUUCACCCAGGCCAUCCAGCCCAGCUCCAAGCCGAGACCAGUGAGGCGUCAUUCACACAACCCGGUCCUGACCACCGAGGUGACUCAGGGUGACCCCCGGCCUUCUCUGACGCGGCAUCCUAACUCUUUGCCUCACGGGGAGCCUUUGUCGAUCGUUGGGAGGCCCUGUCUUCCGAGCUGCAGUGAACGCCCUGCCGUGGCUGCUGCCGGCGGUCCAGCUCGCACUCAGCUCCACGUGUUUCUGCCCACAGAGGCUGAAGGCGAGGAGGUGGACAGUGAAUCUGUGGACGAGGGCUUCAUGGAUGAGUUGGACUGUAAGAUAACGUCUCUCAAGCUCCAGCAGAGGGCGCCAAAGACAGCUACGUACCACUGAAAGGGCAAAAAUAGGCUACAAGUAUACGGACAAAUUAACUUUUUAUGAACUUUUUUAAUUGGUUGUCAUGAUAUUCUGCAUUUAAAAAAGGAUAGUAUUGUUAUGUACGGAAGCCCAAAACAAUCUUGGGUCAAACAUUUCCUCAGUUUUCCUGUUACAACGAUAUAAACAUAAUUUGUUUCCACAUUAUCACAAGUUAAACUAUAAGAAAUUAGAGUGAGCGAUAUUGUUUUUUUGUUGAUGAUGGAGUGUUUUAUCUCAUUAUCUUGGGAUAACACAGCUCUUCGUCUUGAGAUGGAAAAUUGACCCACGUCCCUUCAGGGCUUCCGUAGUUAUGUGCCGCUUGUUUCCUCUGGGACUUUUCAGAGCGAGACACUUGUGAGGAGUUGCUGGUGACAGAGUUCCUUAUGCCAUGUAUGUAAAGCUGUGAUGGGUAACAUAAAUAGUGUAACUGUCCAACAGAAGGCCUAAAUGUAGUGGUGAACUUCAAUCAGAUGUGUUACAGUCCAGCAGGAGACAACCAACGACAGACCAGACACAGAUGAAUUCAGUUGUUGUCAGACUGGAUAUAUAAACACAUUCAGGGUUGAUGGAUUGGUUAAUGAGCAUUUUUCUCCAUAUAAAGUACAAAUGUGAAGCAUGUAUCAGUCUCAUGUUCUUUAUCUGGAUCCUGACUGAAAAUACUGUGUAGUCAAGCUUCUUCUUCUACCUCUUCCUCUUCUUCUACCUCUCAUUUUUGUUCUACCGCUUCUUCUUCUUCUUCUACUUCUUCUUCUUCUUUUUCUACCUCUUCA